GGGUCUCCGGGAUUCCAAGGGCUCGGUUACGGAAGAAGCGCAGCGCCGGCUGGGGAGGGGGCUGGAUGCGCGCGCACCCGGGGGGAGGCCGCUGCUGCCCGGAGCAGGAGGAGGGGGAGAGCGCAGCGGGCGGCAGCGGCGCUGGCGGCGACUCCGCCAUAGAGCAGGGGGGCCAGGGCAGCGCGCUCGCCCCGUCCCCGGUGAGCGGCGUGCGCAGGGAAGGCGCUCGGGGCGGCGGCCGUGGCCGGGGGCGGUGGAAGCAGGCGGGCCGGGGCGGCGGCGUCUGUGGCCGUGGCCGGGGCCGGGGCCGUGGCCGGGGACGGGGCCGGGGCCGGGGCCGGGGCCGCGGCCGUCCCCCGAGUGGCGGCAGCGGCCUUGGCGGCGACGGCGGCGGCGGCGGCGGCGGCGGCGGCGGCAGCGGCGGCAGCAGCGGUGGCGGCGGCGCCCCCCGGCGGGAGCCGGUCCCUUUCCCGUCGGGGAGCGCGGGGCCGGGGCCCAGGGGACCCCGGGCCACGGAGAGCGGGAAGAGGAUGGACUGCCCGGCCCUCCCCCCCGGAUGGAAGAAGGAGGAAGUGAUCCGAAAAUCUGGGCUCAGUGCCGGCAAGAGCGAUGUCUACUACUUCAGUCCAAGUGGUAAGAAGUUCAGAAGCAAACCUCAGUUGGCAAGGUAUCUUGGAAAUACUGUGGACCUCAGCAGUUUUGAUUUCAGAACUGGAAAGAUGAUGCCUAGUAAAUUACAGAAGAACAAACAGAGACUACGGAACGAUCCUCUCAAUCAAAAUAAGGGUAAACCAGACUUGAAUACAACGUUGCCAAUUAGACAAACAGCAUCAAUUUUCAAACAACCAGUAACCAAAGUCACAAAUCAUCCUAGUAAUAAGGUGAAAUCAGACCCACAGCGAAUGAAUGAACAGCCACGUCAGCUUUUCUGGGAGAAGAGGCUACAAGGACUUAGUGCAUCAGAUGUAACAGAACAAAUUAUAAAAACCAUGGAACUACCUAAAGGUCUUCAAGGAGUUGGUCCAGGUAGUAAUGAUGAGACCCUUUUAUCUGCUGUUGCCAGUGCUUUGCACACAAGCUCUGCGCCAAUCACAGGGCAAGUCUCUGCUGCUGUGGAGAAGAACCCCGCUGUCUGGCUCAACACAUCUCAACCCCUCUGCAAAGCUUUCAUUGUCACAGACGAAGACAUUAGGAAACAGGAAGAGCGAGUGCAACAAGUACGCAAGAAGCUGGAAGAAGCACUGAUGGCAGACAUCUUGUCCCGGGCUGCGGACACAGAAGAGAUGGAUAUUGAAAUGGACAGUGCAGAUGAAGCCUAAGAAAAUGAUCAGGUAACUUUCGACUGACUUUCCCCAAGAGCAAAUUCUUAGAAAUUGGACAAAAACGUUUUCACUGGGUUUUGCCUGUAAGAAAACAGUGUACCCGAGCACAUACAUAGAGCUUUUUAAUAGCACUAACCAAUGCCUUUUUAGAUGUAUUUUUGAUGUAUAUAUCUAUUAUUCAAAAAAUGAUGUUUAUUUUGAGUCCUAGGACUUAAAAUUAGUCUUUUGUAAUAUCAAGCAAGACCCUUAAGAUGAAGCUGAGCUUUUGAUGCCAGGUGCAAUCUACUGGAAAUGUAGCACUUACGUGAAAUGUUUGUUUCCCCUCCAGUUUUAAUAUGAACAGAUCAGGAGUACCAAAUAAAUUUCCCAAUUAAAAAUCAUUGUGACUUCACUGUAUAUAAACAGAUUUUUUUAUACUUUAUUGAAAGAGGACACCUGUACACUCUCCAUCAUCACUGUAAAGAUGAAUAAAUGAUUAUAUUCACAGACUGAUUGGAACUGUUUCUGUUAAAGAGCACACAUAAGAGCCCUGCAUUAGUCUCCCUGAGAUACGUUCACCUUUGAUCUCUGGGCCUCGGAUUGAAACUGAGUGGCAGAGUACACUGUGUUCAUUUGCAGUGUGCUUCCAGACAUUGUGAGAACUGUGCUUCCCCCAGAAUUCUAGAUUGUCAUCUAGCAUGUAUAUGUUUUUUUUUUUUUUUUUCCUUGCUUGUGACCAAUACUUUUGGUAAUUGUAUAAAAACAAGGCUUUUCUCCCCUUUGGCAUGAAUUAGAUAUACAAGUACCUUUCAGGUGUUAAAAGAAGUCCAUGACUAUUGUUUUUUUUUUUUUUUCUAAUGUCCACUGGCUUACUAAGUUAACAGGUGCAGGGAGAGGCGGCAGAGUUGCUUAAUGAACCAGAUUGUAAUACCUCAUCAUGUUAGUACCUGACUGAUGAGAGUUUCCGUUGAAACUCAUGAGCAUAACUUUCCUUACUGUUCACAUUUCUUGAUAGCUAAUUACUAAAGCAUUAUUAAAUGGAUUUUAAAAUCAAAAAACAUACUUAAGUUUAUCUGAUGCCAAGGAAGGGCGGGAGUAGUUACAAGCAAAUUAAAACAAAUUUUGCAAAACAGCGGAAAUAAUGUGUAUGUACUUAUUAUGUGCUUAUCAACUUUUGAGUUUUUAAAAUUGGACCUGGAAUGAUGUGGUCCAGGAUGUGAUCAGUUUCACAUCCCUAUCACCUGUACUGCUCGACUCUGCUCCCUCCCAGUUCCUGGAAAGGGAGAGAAGAGGGCAGUCAUCAAAGCACUGUGACUGCCCAGGUGUGGGCUGCUACACUUCUGGACCUUUAAGCCAAACUACAUGGAUACUUCUUGGAAUUCCUGAUUUACAUUCACCUUUGAUGUUUGGGCCUUAGGCCACCAAUUUCCUUGGCGCAGCCCUUCUGGUGGAUACACAGGGAAGCUGCAGACUCUGGGAGGACAGUUAGCAGAGGGCACUUCUCUAGCCCAUCAGAUGGUCUCCAGUUCUAAUAGGGGUAGGGAGUUAGUGUUGAUUCCUUUUUUAAUCCUAGUCUAACUUGUUAGAACAGAUCCCAAAGGUUUUUUUUCUCUUCCCCCAAGUCCAUGAUUCUUCAUUUAUUAGGCUCAUGAUAACUUCACCGUAGUGAUCAUACAUGGUUUUUACAAACAGUCCAGCCAAGAUAACGUGUAGUUUUAUAAACAGCUUUGUAAAAGCAAAAACACAGUGUACACACUACAAAAUUUUGAUUUUUUUUAAAAAAAUAGACUUUGCUCAGGUGGAGAACGAGGUAUGAAAGCCAUUACAUGGUAUCCCCUGGAGACUAUCCCAUAAAUCCAGGGUGUUCACAAUAUACUCAUAGGACAACUUGUCCAAAAUUACAUUCACCAUCUCCCCCAUAAAACCCGGCACCACCUUGCAUUCCCCAGCCGGGGUAAAAGCAAACCAUCUUCUCUAGUUGCCCAAAGCAGAAGUCCAGCAGUCAUCCCAGAUGCACCCCUUUGCUUGCUUGCCACAUCCCAUCUGUGAAAAGCACUGUUGUGACCUCAGCUCCUCUGGCCAUCUCUUCUCCAUUGCGCAGCCACUGCCUUUGUGUACACCUCCCUUCCUCUCUGGGCUUUCAGUGGCUACCUUUUGCUUCUCCCUCUGUUCUCCCCCAGUGUGGUCAUCAGAUUGAUCCUCAAAACAAAUGUGACCAUAUCAUUUCCUUGCUCAAAAGUCCCCACUUAACGUUUGUAUGCAGUUUAGAGUAAGUGUUAAGAGCAAGCACUUUGGAAUUAGGAGAACCUGUGUCAGAACCCUGUUUUUUUUUUGCCGUCUGUGUGAUUUGUCGGGUUGCUUUAUUUCUGAGCCUGUUCCUCCUCAGUGAAAUAGGAAUAAUAAUACCUACCUCAUAGAGUUGUUGUGAGGAUUCAGUGAGCUAUCAUUUAUAAAGUGUUUAGCUCAGUGCCUAGUGCGUAGAGUGCUCCCGUUGGAGCACACUGUUGUCAUUUUCCUUGCAGGUGUCUUUAUGCCACUUCCAAGAGGCAUCUGCUGAUAACCCCAACCUCUCCCUACCCCAUAACACUUUUUUUCUGCCUCAGGACACUGGUCAUUUCCUUUAUAGAAAUUUUCUAAGGCUGCAUUUUAUUUAUUUGUUGGCUUUUGGCCUCUCUCUACUAGAAUGGAAGCUCCACAAGAGCAAGGCCGUGUCUGUUUUGUUUCCUGUUGUACCCCAGUACUUAGCCCAGGGCCUGGGACAUAGUAAGCCCUCAAUACCUGUUUGCUGAGCUAAUGGAAGAAUGGUUAAAGGCUCUCCGUGACCUGGUUUCUGCCUACCUGUCUAGCCUCAUUCCGCCAUUCUCCCCAUUGUGCCUUCGGCUCAAGAAAAACUGUUACUUGCUCUUUUGCAGCGUCCCUUGGGCCUCCGUGUCUUUGCACCUGUUGUUCCUUUGCCUGAGACAACCUUUACCUUCUACAUGGCAAAUUCCUGAUCAUGUCAGCUCAAUGGCUACCUCCUCUGUGACGUUGUCCCCUGUUUCUACAGGCAGAUGCUCUUUUUCCCUUCUCCAAGUUCCCACUGUACUUUGUAAAUACCUCUGUGGAAGCACUUUAUUGUAUUGUAUUGUAAUUUUUUUGCACGUCUGUUCCUACUGUUAGACUGUAAACACCAUGAAAGCAAAAGAUUGUGUCUUCUCACCCUCUCGUCCACAGGACCCGGCACAUAAUAGCCUAUCAGUAAGCAUUUGUUGAAUGAAUUUGUGAAUGAACAGAAUCAUGUGAUUGGAAAAGAUUUGGAAGAUGUUUGUGCUAUUAAGAAAGUGAAUGCCCUGGUGGCUUCCUGUGUCCUCUUUUCUUUUUCCUUUUUGCUCUAGAGAUGAGAUCUAGAGAGUAUUGUGUAAUCUCUUUGAAUAUAAGAUCAUUUGUUUGAAUUUUUAAAAUAAGUUGAAUAACAUCUUCAUAAAUGGUUGCAAGAGAUGUCAAAAAGCUUUGUGAUCUCUCAAUGCUAUAAAAGUCCAAAAUAAAUAUUUGCACUAUUAGUAUUUCCAUAGUAAAUGCUAUGAGAAAAUGUACAGCAAUAAAUUUUGAAGCUUUAAAAAUGUCUGUGUAAGUCAUCUUCAGUGACUUAAUCCAUGAAGGACAUCUCUAGCUUGUAUUUUCCAGACAUGAGGGAUUUCAGGUGGGUGCAGGACCCCAGAACUU